GGCCUGUGUGAGGAGACAGAGAGAGACUGAGAGCAGGCAAGAGGGCGGGCGAGCAGCUGUGGCAGGAGUGGGACAGGCCCACGGGCCGGGUGAGUGUGGCGUUCCUCCCACCACCCGAGCCCCCCGCCCCCUCUUCCUCCUGGCGGCAUUGCAGUGAAUUCCGCACAGAUCUGCGGGGCCAAAGGCAUACUAGCAAUACCCAACAGGGCCGCCCCUUCACCCCUUUAAAUGGCCAUAGCAGUGGCACUGAAAGAAGGGGAACAAGGAGCUCUUGAAGGGUUGUGUGUAAAACUCUUUCAGGAUCGCCUGGGGUUGACACCAGUUUUUUCCAUUCCUGGUAUCAUCGCUCUUCUCAGCUGUUUAGGCGAAAGCUUGCAGUUACCAUGGAAGAAGAACUGCCUCCCUCUUUGUUCUUCCAGCAUCAGUACAUGUGCUCAGAGUGUGGACUCCUCUACAAUACUUUGGAGGAGGUGCUGAUCCACCACCAGAGCCAUCUAGGCGAGGCCUAUGAGCCUGAAGCUGCUGCCACUGUUGUAGACACAGGGCCCCAGCAGGACAACCGCUACCAGUGCCUGGAGUGUGGCUGUGUCCUUUGGUCACCUGACGAACUGCUAGCCCACCAAGAAGUGCACCCCAGGGAGGUGCCAACCCGGCCUCAACCUCCGCCAGCUACCAGUGGACAGAUCCGCUACCAAUGCAAUGAGUGUAAUGAACUCUUUCCUUCUACCAGCCUAUGGCUAGCACAUCGCCAAACACACCAGAAACAAGAGACUUCACCUGAGGCUCCCAUGUCAGCCCCACCAACCUCCCAGUCAACUCCAUUGCCCCCUCUCCAAUCAUCUGUUCCACUACCUUCCCAGCCAUCCUCCCCACCACCCUCUCAGGCUUCACUUCCAACACCUCAGCCAACUCCACUCAUGCAUCCCUAUGAGUGCUCAGAGUGUUCUUGCCUCUUCCCAACUCCUGAGGAGCUGCUAGAUCACCAGGGUGAACACUUCACUGAGAUUGAGAAAGAGAGCAGUGAGUCAUCUGAAACAGCAGCUCAGGAGAUUUGCAGUCAACGUGUGUCCCCGCUGCCAUGCCCUGAAGAACCCCCUGCUGUGCCUCCACCUGCUCAGGCCUUCUGUUGCCGUGAGUGUAAGCAGGCCUUUGGGACAGUGGAGGCGCUGCGGAGGCACCAGCAGGAGCACUUGGGGAGCAGUGAAGAGUUUCUUUGUGGCGAGUGCCAGCGUGGUUUCACAACAGCCAAGCGGCUGUUGGCUCACCAGCGAGUGCACGUAGAUGGCACGUACGAAUGUCCCAACUGCAACAAGAUAUUCAAAAAGGCAGCAUCCCUUGAGCAGCACAUGCGCAUCCACAAAGGUGAGGCACUCUACCUCUGCGUGGACUGUGGGCUUGGCUUCUCUACUGAGAUGACUCUGAUCAUGCACCGCAAGAGCCAUACAGCCAAUCCCCUGCACCGCUGCCACUGUGGCAAGACUUUCAGCAACAUGACCAAGUUCCUUUACCAUCGGCGCACACAUGCUGGCAAGAGUGGCAUUCCACCCACUCGUGGGGCCGGGGAUCAGGCACCCAGCCAACCUCCUGAACCAGCGCCCAGCGACAGAGAAUCAACUGUAAAUGGCUCAGUUUCCCCUGCCGUCACUGCCUCCUCCCUGCCAGGGACAUCAGUAGAAGUGCCCAGUGCUGGGUUUCUGUGCCCUCAGUGUGGAAAGGCAUUCUCCACCCACAUCCGGAUGGUGCGGCACAAGCGAGUGGUGCACGUUCUGGAGCGCAAGCACAAAUGCCCCACCUGUGGCAAAAAGUUCAAGAAGCUGGUGCAUGUGCGGAACCACAUGCGGACACACACUGGUGAAAGGCCAUUUCAGUGCUCUGAGUGUGGCAAGACCUUUGUCUCCCAGGCAAACUUAGCACGGCACCACGUGACGCACACUGGAGAGCGCCCCUACCAGUGCCAGGUGUGUAAUAAGCGCUUCACCCAGUCCUCUAAUCUUCGCCAGCACCGCCUCUUGCAUAUGGCACCUAAUGGAGAGGGGCCUCACUCCUGUGAAGACUGUGGAGUAGCUUUCUCCCGAGCCCAUCAACUGGCUCUGCACCGGACCGUGCAUACGGGGUGUUUGCCCUUUCCUUGCCUAGACUGUGACAAAUCCUUCCCACGCCGUCGCCUCCUGGAAUUGCACCGGCUCAGCCAUUCUGGGCAUGAGCCUCACCGUUGCCCGGAUUGUGGGGCUCUCUUUGUUACGGCUUCCAAGUUGCAGGAGCACCGCUGUGCUAGGCGCCGUGACCAGGCGACUCUGCAGUCCUUCCUCUGCAUGUCUUGUGGCAAGUACAUGGGCUCGUUGGCCAAGCUUGCGCUACACCAGCUGGUACAUUCAGGCCAGCGUCCUUACCCUUGCCCACUUUGUGGGAAAGCCUUCACCACUCCCAGCGGGCUGAGCCGGCAUCAACAGCGCCACGCUGGCCUGCGCCCCCACAAGUGCUCUGUUUGUGCCAAGACUUUUGUGGCAGCCUCUGGGCUUCAGCUGCACCAGCGUAUCCACACAGGGGAACGCCCUUUCCCCUGCCCUGACUGCGGUAAGGCGUUCCGGCAGGCUACCCACCUGCGGGAGCACCGGCGCCUUCACACCGGUGAGCGCCCCUACCGCUGCCCAGACUGCGGCAAGUCUUUUGUGCAGUCCAUGCACCUUGCUGAGCACCGGCGCAUUCACACCGGGGAGCGCCCCCACCCCUGCCCACUUUGCCCCAAGACCUUCAAGACUCUUUCCAACCUGCGAAGUCACCGCAAGACUCACACUGAACUGGCUUCUAGUCAGGAGGCGCUCCAGUCUACAGGGUCUCUCGUGGCUACUGGCCAGCCCACCCAGAUUAUCAUGUGCACUGAGUUUGGGGAGGCUAUUGCUAUCAUUGAAAGCACUGAGCACCUCCCCUUGGUAGAAACUAUAGAGAUCUACCAGACGACACUAGAAGGCAACAUUUAGGUGACUGCCUUUGUACAGGGACUGAGCAGACACAGUCUCUUCUUUGCUCAAGGGCUCUAUGCAGGUCAGCAGGAGGGAGAGUACAGCUCCCUUUCCUCCAUGCAUCAGUUUAGCAUGGUCUACCAGUGACAGAGCCUGCAGACCAAUCUUAGUGUCCUGAUGCAAUCUGUUCAGUUUUGUGGUGGAACCUGGCUCAUAGCCUCACCUGGAGGUUUCUUGAGGCAAUGCCUUUUUUGUGUGCAGCGGGCAGUGCUGUGGAAUGGCGUCAGACUGCUUGUCUCUGCCACAACUUACAUGUUUAUUGUAAAUUGAAGCAAAAAGUUCUGUUGUACUGCUAAAUUAUUCCUGUUGUGUCUCUGAUUAUGAGACUCUAGGAAUGUGCCUGCCUGCUGCUAGCUUGUCUGUAAAAUUCAACUCUCUAGUACUGUUCAUCCACUCCUAGGAAAUAGAUGGCAUAAUUUCCUGUUGAUCAGAGAGCAAUGAAAGCAAAGCCUUUGCUUUUCAUGAUGAGGUACUGUUGCCUGAUUUUGAUACCCUAAUGAGAAAAUACUUCUUUGAUAAUUUUACAGAAAGAAGGGUUGACACAUGCAGCUCCUCUCACCAGAUGAGCCAUGUUUGUUAAAACUGUCCCUACUGUGCAACAGGUUGACAUACAGGGUCUCUGUUUCGUUUUGAAGAUGUAACCCUUGCUGAAGGUCUGGUCCAGUUUUAUUUUUAUUUUUUUCUUAAAUAAAAGUGGGGGAAUGGGACCAAUAUCUUGUUUAGGUCACUUGGGGUACCUUGAUCAAUUUGAAUUUGUCUUUUUUAUUUCAACUACUGAUAGGAAUCUUGGAUUUUAGUUUAAGAUGUUUUUCAGGGCAGGAGAUAGCAGCAUAGGGGAAAAGGAAGCUGUUGCUUUUGUAGCCCUGAACAUUUGCCAGGAAACUGUUUGUGCUGAGUGGGUUAUAUUGGAUCUUUCUAGGAACAGCCAUUUACAUCACCACUGUGAAAGAGGCAUACCUACAGACUGGUUCCUUUAGCUAUGUUUUACAGUGUUUUUAUCUGUGUACAGGAAGGAUAAGAUUAGUUAAGGAUAGCUCAUUUUUCUUCCAGAAAUGCACAAUACUUCCAGUAUUUGUAACGUUACUAGAACAAAUAUGCAUAGGAGACUGACCUCUGAUACAAAAGUUGAGUGUAUCACUAUUUUCAGUUAAUGGCAAACACCCCUGAAAUAUAGCAGCAAAACCUGUGGUAUUUUUAGAGGAAAACCAGUCCAAUUGCAGUAACUGUAAUCAAGUUACGCAGCUGCUCUUUGGCUAGUCCAGAGCCCCGUGUGUUAUAUACACUGUACAGAGAGGUUCAGGUUUAACCUUUGCUGGUAAAGUUCUUAUGGAGAGUUCUUAAAAUUAGCUGCAGCCGCAGGAUAGACUUUGAAAGGUGUUUAGCCACUUGCAAUUAAGGGAGGGAAGGAGAAGAGUCAUAAGACUAUUUUGGAAAGCAAAUGUUGGUUCAUGCUUGCAUUAUUAUAACUCACAGAACACACACCAUAGAGCUACGCUUCCACUGUCCCAUUUACUGCAGAGUUGAACAUACCCAGAGCCUUUUGGUUUAAUUUUUGUGCUGGGACCUCAGAUCAGGGACAAGGAACCUGUGGUUCUUGGGCUCCAUCGCCUAUCAGCCCCAGCCAUUCUGGCCAAUGUUCAGGGAUGGUAGUUUUAGUUCAACAUCUGGAGGGACACUGGUUCCUUAUGCCUGCAAUCUAUUCCCAUCCCUUCCUUGUUGCAGUACUGUAGCCUUCUUGUGCCUCUGGGCCCCUAGAUAUCACAAGCAACAUACAGCUUAAAACAUGCACAGAUUUUCAACUCCACAGAGGCUAGUGGUAUCCCCAACAGCAAGCUGGGUGGUGGUGGUUUACAGAUGGUGAAAAAUGCAUGCUUGCCCAUUAUUGUCUACACUUCGGCUUGUCCCAUGCUUUUGAGGUACAGGUCUGAGCGAUCUUUUAUUUGCCCUGCCACUUUCCCUGGGAAAACCUGCUAUUUAGUGCUGAAUUGGAGCAAACAUCAAUCAAUGUAAAACCCAAUUGAAUUUUGUUCCGUUUCAGUGGUAAAGGUCAAUUUCCCUGGGGGAAAGCCAUAGUCUGAAUGAGCCCUAUGUGAGAUGUAAUCCUUGGGCAUCAGGACACUUGGUUUGGGCAUGUGGACAUGUUAUGACAGGGAAACAUAUAGAGCUCAUAUUAGUCAAAUUUUAAAAGGUUAUUUCAAACUCAGAGCCAGGUUUUCAAAAUCUAGUUAACAUUUUAAUCGGCCCAGGAACACACAGGUGGCAGGCUGCAAAGAUUCAUGCUAACAAAACUGAGUAUUAACUAGUUACAUUGAGGUACCACAUUGUGAAACUGAUGGACUAAAUAAAGGGCUUUUCUCCACUAACUAUUUAAUAUCCAUUUGUUGGUGUGAGGCCACAGUUAUUUAUAGCAUGUACACAUGUUUUAUGUGAAUUAACAUCUAGGCACUGGUGUUACUGCAGACAAAUCUAUACCUCUUUGAAGGGAGGCAGUUUUUUCUACCUCACCCUCUUGCCCCGCAAAAGUUAUGCAGAAUCCAGGAAAUCCAGCACUGCCAUUUGCAGCUGGGUGUGGAACCAACUUGUAGCCUUGGAGCAGUUUUUUCUU